ACAAGGAAGUGCUUAUCGGGCAGGAAAGGGGAAGUGGAGCGCUUUGUGAGGAGAAAGUUUUCUUCACUUCAUUCAGUUUGGCCAGUGUUCACUGCUCAGAGUCCAUUAACUGAGGCUCCUGCCCUCUUCUCAUCUGUCCAUUCUCUCCUCCACUUUCUACGGUCUGUAAGUAUCAUCCACUCCUUCAGGAAUGAGUAAUUGCUGAGAAAUUCCCGAGAGUUGUCACAAGCGUUUUCAAUCUGCAUGGUCAUCAGACAUGGCUUACCACAGUUUUCUACUGGAACCCAUCAGCUGCCAUGCCUGGAGCAAGGACAGAACCCAAAUUGCUUUGUGCCCAAACAAUCAUGAAGUCCAUAUCUACAAGAAGGAUGGUGUCAGGUGGACCAAGAUACACGAGCUGAAGGAACACAGCGGCCAGGUGACAGGCAUCGACUGGGCCCCAGAGAGCAACCGCAUUGUCACCUGUGGCACUGACCGCAACGCUUACGUGUGGACCCUGAAGGGCGACACGUGGAAGCCCACCCUGGUCAUCCUCAGGAUUAACCGCGCUGCCCGCUGCGUCAGGUGGUCCCCUCGAGAGAACAAGUUUGCGGUGGGGAGUGGUUCCCGCCUCAUCUCCGUCUGUUACUUUGAGCAGGAGAACGACUGGUGGGUUUGCAAACACAUCAAAAAGCCAAUUCGCUCCACAGUCCUCAGUUUAGACUGGCAUCCCAACAAUGUGUUGCUAGCUGCUGGAUCCUGUGAUUUCAAGUGCAGGAUUUUCUCUGCCUACAUCAGAGAGGUGGAAGAGAGGCCAGGACCCACGCCCUGGGGCUCCAAGAUGCCUUUUGGGGAGGUGAUGUUUGAGUCGGCAGGCACUGCUGGGUGGGUCCACAGUGUGUGUUUCUCCAGCAGUGGGAGCCGGGUGGCCUGGGCCAGCCAUGACAGUAUGGUGGCUGUGGCUGAUGGUGGGAAGACCACUGUUAUCAACAGCCUGAGCUCGGAAACCCUCCCCCUCCUGUGCGUGACGUUCAUCACUGAGAACAGCUUGGUGGCAGCGGGCCAUGAUUGCUACCCGGUGCUGUUUGUUUAUGAUGCUGACAAGGGGACCCUCACCUUUGGCGGAAAGCUGGAUGUUCCCAAGCAGAGCACUCAGCGAGGAAUGACUGCCAGAGAGCGCUUCCAGAACCUGGACAAGAAGGCUGAGGCCAAGGAAGUGGUGCUGGAUUCUCUGCACAAGAACAGCAUCAGCCAAAUCUCUGUCUUGGAGGGUGGAAAGAGCAAGUGUGCUAAAUUCUGCACCACUGGAAUGGAUGGGGGAAUGGCAAUAUGGGAUGUCAAAACUCUAGAAUCUGCAAUGAAAGAUCUGAAGAUAGUUUAACUCUGGUAUAAUCAAAUUCAAAAUGAUACAUACUACAUCAACUUACUUUUUGUAUAUUCAUGCUGCAUUCACAAUGUGCUUCCAAAAACUGGAAGAUUCUUUAACGGCCGAGUGAAUCCAAUUGAACAUGUGUUUCAAGUGCUGAAGAAAAAACUUGGAGGACAUGGAGGACCUGAAGGUUGCUGCAAUAUAGGCCUGGCAGAGCAUCACCAGAGAAGAUAGCACCUUACGAUCUCUAUGGGUCACAGACUUCAUCCAUCUCUACAUGCUGCAAAUGAUAUCCAACAAAAUACUAAACCUGACUACUUUAAAAAGUGCUUUAAUUUCUUCAUGGUGUAACCUGUCUAUAAAGAAUAUGCGUCAGUAAUAGAUGAAAAUGUGCACUUUAAGCAUGUGAAUUGCUAGAUUACAAAGAAAAUGCAUUUGUCCCAAACAUUAUGGAGCUCACUGUAUAUAUUGUCAGGAAUAUAUGCAGCAUAAUUAAUAGCAGUAGAUCUUAUUUCUUCUCCAUCCUUGGCCAUGUCUGCAUGCUUUUUUGCAUUGAUUUGCUGCCACAUGAUUGCCUGAUUAGAUAUUUGCAUUAACAAGCUGGUGUAGGAGGCCUUUUCAACAAAGCAAGAUUAUCGAGUUAGCUGGAUAACUGCAAAGAGUAAAAUCCGGUGCAGCUCUUUUUACUUCGAGUCCAUGUUCCAGAUUUGGGGCAGUUAUCCGGCUAAUUUUAUAAUCCUGCUUUGUGGAACAGGCCAAUGUAUAACAUUUGAAUAGAUCAGCAUCUAAGGGUAAGAUCACAACUAAGAUGUUUGAAACUGUUCAAUAUUCUGAUCUUUCAGCCGAAGACAUCAUUGCCUAUAUCUGGACAUACUCUCCAUGCCAGGGAUAACCUCUCAUGUGCCAUGGAGGAUUUUCAUUUCAACCAAUCACUACACCACCACACCGCCACCAUUUUAAACCAGAGAGGAGGGAACUAAUUUGUGAAAUCAGCAGGUGAAGUGAAUGACUGGAAUGAAAACCUGCACACUUUCGGCACUUUGGCACAUGAUUGGGCACCACUGCUCUAUACAAUAGGCAAAGACAGAAACAAAGGCCAAUAUAAUUACAUUUUUCUUGGUGAAGACUGAGAGCAAGGUUUACUAAAGCAUGGAUAAAAACUAUGGCAGUUUUUCCAGUUAUAUAUUAAAAUAUUUGGGAUUUUCUUUUAUGGAUGAUGGUGUCAUAAUGAUCAAUAUAAACUAGCAUGUCAAGAUUUGGACCUGGGUAUAGUUUAAAUUGCUUUAUCAAUCCAACUGGAAAAAGAAUGGGAAAAUCCAAGGAUUUAGGCCCACUUGGUGUCAGUGACUGAAUUUUGGUAAUAUUACAUUUACAGUACAGCUCUUCAAGGCAAGAACAAAGAAUACAUGUAGCUUUGCCUUUUGUCAAUUGAUAUAACGAGCAUAUCCUUUCAUAUAAAUGGUUUCCUUUAUUUUCAGAGAGUA